GAGAGAGAGAGAGAGAGAGAACCACCGUCAGGCUCCGGGAGGCAGAGCGACGGAACGACAUUACGGGAGCGAGGGGGAGGAGCAAGCAGACUCACAGACUGAAUGAAGCUGCACCUGGUGCUUCUGAGGGCAUUUCCCAUGUUUUGAUUUGUUCCACUUAUUUUUUUCUUCACUUCCUGAACUUGGCUUCACCGAGCCGCUCGUUGCCAUGCCGUCCAACAGUCCGGUCGCCACGGAGACGCCACAGACGCCAGCGAAGGACACCGUGGUCGAUGUGUGUGAAGAUGGAGCGGACCAGGACAGUCCGGAGGAGGGGACGCCGGCGAGCCCCCGCACCAAGCGCCGAGUGGGCCGCCCUGGAAGGAAACGCAAGCAGCUGCUUCCUGAGAUGGCGACCUCUGACCCUUGUGCAAAUGCCCCCCCAACCCCGCCUGAGGAGCCGGAGGCCUCCCCCUCCCCUCGCAAGAAGCGUGGGCGUCGGAAACUAGACAGAACCAAGAGGAAUAAGGACGAGCCAGACGACAGAAACUGCGACUCCCCCAAAGAGUGUGUGCAGGGGGAGAGCGGGCGGCUGCGGAGGAGGCCGGUCCCCCGGGUGACUUUCCAGGCCGGCGACCCGUACUACAUCAGCAGGAGACAGAGAGACGAGUGGCUCAGCCGCUGGAAGAUAGAGGCGGAGCGGCGGGCGUACAGAGAGGCGGAGAUGAGCAUGAUGGACGAACUGACGGAGGCCGACUUUCGGAAAGAGGAGGAGGAGCCGGCCAGCCCGGCGCCUCCACCUUCACAACAACACACGGACCCCGCGUCCCCCACGGUCGCCGUGACGCCGGAGCCGGUCGCCAGGGGAGACCAGGCCACACCCAAUGAGGUAGAGGAUGGCCGGGGCUUUGGCAUCGGCACGCUGGUGUUCGGGAAGCUGCGAGGUUUCUCCUGGUGGCCCGGCAGGAUCGUGUCCUGGUGGAUGAGCGGCCGGAGUCGAGCCGCUGACGGCACCCGCUGGGUCAUGUGGUUCGGCGACGGCAAAUUCUCUGUGGUUUGUGUGGAGAAGCUGAUGCUGCUGAGCUCCUUCUCCUCCGCCUUCCACCAGCCCACCUACAACAAACAGUCCAUGUACAGGAAAGCCAUCUUCGAGGCUCUGCAGGUGGCCAGUGUGCGGGCGGGGAGGCCUGUCCCGUCCUGUGAUGCCAGCGAUGAUGCCGACGGCGUGGACAUUCAGACCAGACAGAUGAUCGAGUGGGCGAUGACCGGCUUCCUGCCCAAAGGUCCACAGUCCCUGGAAGCUUCAGAAGAGGAGCAGAAUCCAUACAAAGAGGUGUACCCCGAGAUGUGGGCGGAGCCUGAGGCAGCGUACACGCCUCCGCCUGCGAAGAAGCCGCGCAAGAACCUCGCCGAGAAAGCAAAGAUCCGAGAAGUGAUCGACGAGGGGACCAGAGAGAGACUCAUAUGCGAGGUCAAACAGAAAACCAGGAAUAUCGAAGAUAUCUGUAUUUCCUGCGGGAGCCUCAACGUCUCUCUGGAGCAUCCUCUCUUUUCAGGAGCCAUGUGUCAGGGUUGCAAAAACUCCUUCCUGGAGUGUGCCUACCAGUACGAUGACGACGGCUACCAGUCCUACUGCACCAUCUGCUGUGGAGGCAGGGAAGUGCUCAUGUGUGGCAACAACAACUGCUGCAGGUGUUUCUGUGUGGAGUGUGUGGAUCUGCUGGUCGGAACCGGCUCAGCGGCGAUAGCCAUCAAAGAAGACCCCUGGAACUGUUACAUGUGCGGCCCCCGCAACACCCACGGGUUGCUGCGGCGACGGGACGACUGGCCCUGCAGACUCCAGCACUUCUUCGCCAACAACCACGAGCAGGACUUCGAGCCGGCCAAGUUGUAUCCUCCGGUGGCGGCGGAGAAGAGACAGCCAAUCAGAGUGCUCUCUCUGUUUGACGGCAUUGCCACAGGUCUGCUGGUGCUGAGGGAUUUGGGAAUCCAGAUCGACAAGUACGUGGCGUCUGAGGUGUGUGAAGACUCCAUCACCGUCGGCCUGGUGCGACACCACGGACGCAUCAUGUACGUGGGAGACAUUCGCAACGUGACCCGCAAACAUAUCGACGAGUGGGGACCUUUCGAUCUGGUGAUAGGAGGAAGCCCCUGUAACGACCUCUCCAUAGUCAACCCUGCACGCAAAGGCCUUUACGAGGGAACUGGCCGGUUGUUUUUUGAGUUCUACCGCCUGCUGCACGAGGCGCGACCGAAGCCCGGCGACGAGCGGCCGUUCUUCUGGCUGUUUGAGAACGUGGUCGCGAUGGGAGUCAGCGACAAACGGGACAUCUCUCGCUUUCUAGAGUCUAAUCCAAUAAUGAUCGACGCCAAGGAAGUCUCGGCCGCGCACCGCGCUCGCUAUUUCUGGGGAAACCUGCCAGGCAUGUCCAGACCCCUGGCAGCCAUGGUGAACGACAGGCUGGACCUACAGGAGUGCCUGGAGCAUGGGCGCCACGCCAAGUUUGAGAAGUUGCGUACGAUAACGACACGCUCCAACUCUGUGAAGCAGGGGAAAGACGAGCAUUUCCCCGUCUACAUGGACAACAAGGAGGACAUCCUCUGGUGCACGGAGAUGGAGAGGGUGUUCGGGUUCCCCGUCCACUACACCGACGUGUCCAACAUGAGUCGUCUGGCCAGGCAAAGGCUGCUGGGACGGUCCUGGAGCGUCCCCGUCAUCAGGCACCUCUUCGCCCCACUCAAGGAGUUCUUCGCCUGCAACUAGUUACACAACAACUCUCUCUUUCUGUCAUGCACACACACACACACACACACACACAUGCGUACACACAUAAACAUCAUGUAAUGAGAAACACACAACUACACACUGUAUACAGAUUGUACAUGAAGGUUGGCUAACACAGGAUGACCAGACACACACACUAACACACACACACACACACACACACACACGCCUGUAGGCCACUGGCUGACCUUAGUCCCCUGGUGCUACCCUCCAUCGAUUUACACCAAUGACUGAUAAUAAAGAUGGACGCCACGUCUCCACUUCCUCCUACUUAACAAAAAAUUAAUCCAAAAUAUGCCGAACACGUGCUGGUGCUGCCAUCUUGAGCUUUAUGUGUCAUUUUGAGCUGGAUGGGGGGGGUGGAGCUGCCAUAUCAAGACAUUCUGGUUUCACCAUUUGAGAGCUGUGGCGUUUCCCAUCUUUAUGAACAGUCAUUGAUUUGCACACAAGCUGGUGCAGGGUCUCUGAACUGUAAAUCUUCACACACGAACUUCCUGUCCAACCUUGAAACUGAUGUCUUCUGGCUUUACUCUGUGGUGGCAGCUGGAGUUCAAACCUCCAGGGGGCGCUAAAGCUAACACAGACGCCCUGACUUUCCUUUUGUUUUUAAAUACAGUAACGCUCUGAACACAUCAACACACCAAUGAUUUUCCUCUCAACCAUAACUGUAUCCUUGUGUAGUGACAGUGCUGCUGGUAUAUUACAGUCCAAUAAACACACAUAUAUACAAAAACAAACACACACGCACACGCACACACUCCGGUUAAUGCUCACGGUGCUGGUCAGGCAGUGAUAGGAGUCCUAAUGGUGCCACUUUAAUACAACACUUUUACAGUUCUUGGUGCUUUUAGACACUGAACAGUCUCUGGUUGAUUCAGUCGCUGCAGUUUUGUUUCCCAACCCGAGUCAAACUACACGAUUAUUCGCAGGUAGAUGCAGCACCAGGUGAUCGUGAGGCUUCAGGAGGUUUUGAUUUGUCAGAUCUGCUGUGAAGGAACUGGCAGGACAGCUUCCCAAAGAGAUUAGGACUCAAUCAGACUCUUCUUCUUGGAGGAAAUGCUGCUCUGGAAGUAAAAAUCUCAGGGGUCAGAGGUAAACGACGGGUUUUUCUGGCAAAGUAACAUCUAAAAAAGACGAGUUCCAGCUGAAAUAUGGUCAGUGAUACCGGCAAAGUUUAUUUGUGUAUAAACAUUUUAAACAACAAGACAAUGCAAUUUAAUUUACAUUCAAAUAUAACAACAAGAAAAUACCUAAAUAACCUAGAAGGUCCGAAUGCUAACGCCCUAGCUCACCUCACUAAUCUGCAUCCUUUCGAUCCAAUACGGGGGUUUUUUAUAUUCAAAUAUACAUGAGGCAUAUUCUUCAUAUCGCCAUGACAACACUUUUAAAGUAACAUCAGAGGUGAGAUUGAAGUAGGAAAGUCGCAGUUGGAAUAUUGUGAACUUAAUGAAGACAAAGCUUUUAUUCUCAGUACCAUUCACAGCUGCAGGUCUCUUAUUGGUCAGGAUCCGCUUUUAUUAGGUUUUCACACUACUAUUGAAUAUGGAGAUAUUUAGGCAGUGGUUGUAUAUUAAGUUGAGUUAAUUGCUGUGAAAUACUGUAGCAUUUUAACGAUGGGUAUUUUACCUUGUGUUUAUUUUAUGCUGUACACGUGCUGUUGGGUUGCAUUUACAACUGUUGCUCCAACGACUGUGACGUUCAUCUUAAUGCUGCAAAUUUGGAAUAAUUCUGUUUGUCAGUUGUCUUUUAGUGAGUAUAGCAGAGGUUUCUCACAUUAGGUCUCACAGCUUGGAGAGUUCAUUGAGUCCCAGUGAACGUCCCUGGAGACGUCACCAGGUGGUGGUAGAUGAUAAGGAAAACUUACUGGGACCAUUUCAUUAAGCUGGGAGUGACUCGCCUGCAUCUCAGCCCAAAACCCAGCUACUGUGAAGUGUAAAUAUUUGGUCAUUAGUUCUGUAGCAGCUUGUGUUUACCCAUCAUGAGCACGGCUUUUAAUUUGUCUCACACAUUCUCAAUGUCUCUGUAUUUAUCCAAGUGAGCAGGAUGAGCUCUCAGAAUCGUGGACGUGAACAUAUGGAUUCUGUCUUUGUGACCUUGACUUAACUCUAUUUAAAAUCUGCUUUCUAGAUUUUCUUUCUAGAAAUUGCUUUUUAUUUUAGUGUUUUUUUAAUUUUUAAAUAUUUUGCCUGCAAUACUCAAACAAUGGCCCUUCAACAAAAACUUAAUUUUGAUUAAAAAUGUGAACAUCUAAAAAAUAAAAUGACAAUUAGUAUCUUGGUUGUUUUAGUUUGUUGUCAGACACAAAACAAAUGAAAUCAAAUAUUAAAAAACAGAUUUACGCACCUGUAUUUCUGACCAUGCUUAUAACACUAUUGAAAAAAGUUUCUGGAUUUUAAAAUGAAAACUAUUAGACGUGUUUUGUAAUGAAAAAUAUUUCAAUCUUUGGCUCCGUCAAUAAGGUUUAACUCAUCCUCUGAGAUUAUUCUUUAAGAGCAGCUUUCCGAUUAACUUCCAGUUUGCAAAGUGUAGGUCCUGAACACCUCCAGGUAUUUAUCUCCUGCGCCUCAGCUCCAGUGUUGUCGUCCUGUGUGACUUGAAGUUAAAGUAGGUAUCAAAACUCUGCAGCGACGUCCAGUGAAACCAGAGACGGACCUUUACUUUGUAGAAUCUCUGCUGGUUUUCUACUUCCUGUGACUGAAACAGACAGCCCUGAAUAAAUAACAGAUACUUCCUUACACAACACAGAUGCAACUGUUCAACCUCUUUUCUGCCCAACGCAUGCUGGGAUGAUCUCAGCCCGAUCAUGACCUUGAACGGGCAUAGGCAGGUAAACAAUAAGGAGAUGAUACACACCUUAACGCCAUGUGUACGUGUCACUGCACACAGUUGUGUGUUUUAUUCAGACAGGGCUGUCAUCUCUUUCAGUCUGGUGCUUCUGGUCCUCAGACGACCAACAAUCCUUUUCUCCCAGGAAGCCUUCUGAUCCUCUGACCUUCCUCAGAUACCAGCUAACGACUGGACACACACACACACACACACACUGACACACAAACACACAGUAACAAAACAACAGUAAACCAGCAGGUUCAAAAUGUUUUCCCAACAAGUUUACUCUCCGUUUUUACAACCAACAGUCUGGUGCUUUUUAAACUUUGCUCUUUUUUACAGUGCUCUUGCAGGUCUCUCAUACACACACACACACACACAAACACACACUCUGACACACGUUCACACAUUUUGCUACAAAUAUGGUGCAGACGUUCACGCUUCUCCUUUCUCUGCAACACACGCCACCAACACACACACACACUCACAAGCAUACACACUGUGGAUUUGCCGGCUGCCUGUUGCCACCAGGCUUCCCACGGCACCACCGGGUGUGACAUCACCACCCCGCGUCGCUUGGUGCUCACAACCCCUGCCCGGUCC